GAGUUUUUCAACUUUUGAGUGCUUGGGCAUAUGGUUCUGAAUCUGUAACUCUGUCAAAAAGGAAACACCCUUUUCCUUCAUUUUACCAAGAUGUCCCCCUAUUGAUUGAUGUUACAGGGGAGUGGUUGAAUGCUAAUGUUAUUGAUGUGAGAACGAUGCAGAAGAAACUGGCCUUGGUCCAGUUGAUUCAGAUGCCUACACCAUUAACGGCUUGCCCAGUGAUUCUUACAAUUGCUCUCAAAAUCGCUUGGGAUGCUCUUUCAAGUCUACAAAAUUCUAGUAGGAACUAUGUACAACCUGGAAAAAAUGUCAAUGUUAAUUGGCAGAGUCAUGAGAAUACGAGAACAGCAUCAAUCCAUGGAGGCUAUCAGAAUGACAACCGUAUGUGUCCUGAUGUCACUGACAUUCCAGUUGUUAGCAGAAAUACUUCUUGGGGUUUGGAUGGUUCAUUGAACAAUCAUAAUAAGUGCACAGGCCAAAUCAACGAGUCUUCUAACUGCAUGUCUGGAGAUAUUGAUGAUGAUAACAUACUUGAGAACAUUGAUGUUGACCAAAUUGUUGAGAAAUACCAGUCGACCUGCACUCCUAAGCCAUCAAUAUCCAAGCUUCCUCCUGUAACACCAAAUGCAGAUAAAGAUGAAUUUGCUAGACAGGGGGGGUGAUGUUUUGCCACCAGACCUGUGUUUAGAUUGCAUCCAUGGGUACAAG